AUGGAAUUCGAUCCUAAGACGCCCCAAUUCCUCACCUCGGACCCGUCGAGCUUUGCUUCGAUCUCGGCCGACGAGCGAUGGCCCGUUAUCAUCACUGGUGCUAUUGAUGACCUGCACCGAACAGUGAUCUCAGUGAAUAACGAAGAAAAAGAGAAAGAGGGCAAGGCUAUUAUUGAGAAACUGGCUAAGCUGAAGUAUGAGCUACAGCACAACCGUCAAUUAACUCCUCUUGAUGAUGAUGGGCACCCGGAUAUUGCUUCUUAUAACCGGGAGUUGGAGCAGCGUGGAAACCCUGUCUGGCAUGAUGUGCCUUGGCUGUACUCCGAAUGCUACCUCUAUCGCCGCAUUGAGACCUUCUUUGCGUUGUCUCAACACUGGAAGGGCUAUGAUGUAUUCGCCCGCCAGAAGAUGUCGACCUUCAAGUCUUCUCGCCCUGCCGUUCUGGAGCUCGCUGCUCGGUACCGCGAGCUUGCCCAGGAAGCAGAGACUGGCAAGGGAAUUGAAGGAAAGUCCCCAGAGGAGAUUGAGCAAGCCGAAAAGUUACUCUUCUCGGAGAUGUGUGAGAUCUGCCUGUGGGGUAACGCCACGGAUUUGUCUCUCCUGACUUCGCUCACAUAUGAGGAUAUCCAAAAGCUUCAGGGUUCCGAAGCCCGCAAAGCCUCCCAGAGCAACAUCCUUGUGAAUGACCUCGAGGCUGCUUUUGCUGUUAUGCAGAAAGCACGAAAGGAAAAGAAGGACGGUGAGCGUCGUGUUGACAUUGUUCUGGAUAACUCUGGUUUUGAACUCUUUGUCGACCUUAUCCUUGCCGGAUAUUUGCUGUCCACUGGACUAGCCACCACAAUCGUCCUCCACCCCAAGCGUCUCCCUUGGUUCGUCUCCGAUGUUACACCCAAGGACUUCUCUGAUCUUCUUAACUGCAUGGUCGACCCACAAGCUUUCUACACUGCCCCCGAUGCGUCAGGAAAGACCUUCCCCUCGCUUUCGGACACUGAGGUCUCUAAUGUGCGCUUCCUUUUUGAGCAAUGGAGCAACUUCCACCAGGAGGGCAAGUUGAUUAUGCGUCCCCACGCCUUCUGGACUACACAGGGCAGCUACUGGCGUCUGCCUCACCAGGCUUCAGAGUUGUUCGAGGAUCUUAAGGAGAGCGAGCUGGUUCUGUUCAAGGGUGAUCUGAACUACCGUAAAUUGACCAACGAUGCCCAAUGGGACCCUACCACUCCUUUCACAACAGCAAUCGGCCCCAUGGGCCCUAACUCUGGUAUCCGUGUCCUAGCCUUCCGCACCUGCAAGGCUGAUGCAGUUGUUGGUCUUGCUGCUGGUGAAGAUGAGAAACUCCGCCAGUUGCCCGGUGGAGGUGGUGCCGAGGCUCGCAAGUGGGCAUGGAGUGGUAAGUGGGCUGUUGUGUCAUUCUCUGAUGGCAAGGCCUAA